UAGAAAAUUUAACAUAAUACAAGUCCCAACAGAAAACUCACUGCUCAUAUCAAUGCCAACCCGAAGAUUUGAUUAUAAGAAUAUGAACCAUUAGUUUUUAAUCGCUCUACAGUUUAAAAAUUCGUCAAAAAAGUCAUGUUUCCAAAUUACUGCUUUACAAAAUCGGCCAGGCAGUCGGGCUACGAUGUUAUAAGGAGGGGCUAUACCGCCAAGGAGAGUUGUCAGCGCUGCAGCGGGAGAUCCGUAACGUCGUCAGGAGGUCAAAGGUCACGCAAUCGAUCGGAAAUCCGUAACUCCAGCGAUUCCCCUAGGAAGACUCCAAAGCGUCAGAGGAAAUCCAGCUCAUCACGUGACAAGGACUCUUCUUCCAGGAACGUGGGAUUCCGGUUGACACCCGUGAUUUGUUCGAGUAAAAAAGAUACCCGUGAAAAAGCUGGCGAGGAUCGUCAGAAGGAUAAAAUUAUGUCCUCCGAAUCUAGCAACGAUCCCAAUCGCGAUCUACAGGAAUCCUUUGCCGACUUCUUCAGCAUCAUUCACGAUAAUGUCUUGGAGUCCGUGCAGGAGGCAGUGCAGCGAAUGGUGACCAACUGCUUUAAGGAGUCUUUGACCAAGAUGGAGCGACUGUCCAAGGAGCUGCAGAACCAGGAAGCCUUGCUCAACAAAAUUCAUCGCGAUGUUACCAACAAAAUUACCGCCCAGAGUGAAACGAACCUGAACCAAUUCAAGUUCGUUACCCAAAUGCUCAUCGACAACCAAACGGUGCACUAUAGAGCGCUCAAUCAGGCGAAGGCGAACAGGCAGCGGCGCAAGGAGGACCGGGAUGCUGAGAAGGAACGGAAGUUGGAGCGGGAACGGAAGCGGAAGUGCACCUGCAAGGAGGUGCACAAUGAACGGGUUCCAUCCAAAGGCCGAUGCAGAAGUUCCAGCGUGGACCUCUCCCCAAAAAAGAGAUGUUCCGGUGGCGAUGCCAAGGAAUUAAAACCUAGAGGACCACAGCACCAGUUGUGCCAACAGCAGGCACCGCUGGUUUACCACAUGUGCCAGUCCUGUACGGAUAAGGAAUCCAUGGACAGGAAUCAGGAAUCCAAAAGGACAUCCCGGUCUUCAUCGAAGCAUACGAAUACCCCAGUUCUGCCCAGACGAUCCACUUCCUACAGCAUGCCAGAUCUCUCCGGACGCACUUCCUCCAUUUCCAAGCGUUUCACUAACACUCAACCCCUUUCAAAAGUCUCCAAGAGCUGUUUAUCCCGAUCCUUUAACAACAGAAAAAGUCAGAUUACAUGCCAUCCGGCCAUGACUUAUCCGCCCUACGUCCGCAAUAUUCCGAUUCCACGGCGAAAGUUAGUUAAAUAACUAUAGUAUUUUAUUCAUCCACAGAUACAAAUAUCUGAUAUGGCAUUCAGUUGCAUUUCUUUAAAAGGAAUUCAAAUCAAAUAUGAUUUCUUUCCAUGUUUUGCAACUGUCUGUCUUACCAGUAAACAAAAUCAAAAAAAAUAUUUUUAAAAAUUGGCCCAAGUUUUA